UGCUUCAUCCUGGCUCUCAUGGCAUAUGAUCGCUAUGUGGCCAUAUGUCAACCACUGCGGUACCCAACCAUCAUGAGGAUGCAAGUAUGUAUCCAGAUGGCAGGAGCCUGUUGGUUAGGUGGCUUCUUCAAUGCUGCAGCACUGACAGUUAUCACCAUAAAUUUCCCCUUCUGUGGGCCCAACCAAAUCAACCAUUUCUUUUGUGAGGAGCCUGCUGUGUUGCAGCUGGUUUGCAUGGACACCUAUACAGUAAGAGUCCUCAUCUUUGCCCUGAGUGUCAUUGUGCUCAUGUUGCCUUUCACUUUUAUAGUGAUCUCCUACAUCCACAUUGCCAGGGUGGUGUUCAGCAUAAACUCAGCAGAGGGACGGCAACGAGCUUUCUCCACUUGUGCUACCCACCUCACUGUUGUCACAUUGUUCUACACCACCAUCAGCUUCACUUACUUGCAGCCCCGUUCUGAACAGCUGCAGAAGGAGAAGAAAGCUUCUGUUUUCUAUGCUUUUUUCUCCCCAAUGCUGAACCCUGUCAUUUACAGCCUGAGGAACAAGGAUGUUAAAGGAGCCUUAUUCAAAGUGAUGGGGAAAGUAAGCUGA